UGUUUCUGCAAAACACUAUAAAUAAUUAGCCUAUUGUAUCCGCUCUUCCCAAAAGCGGAGAACUAUAAUCGAAAGAAGAAACAAAUAAACAAACAUUUAAGAUAAAUUGUAUUUUGCUCAAUAUAAUUGUGUCCUGUACAUAUAUUUUCUAUCUGCAAGAGAGCGGAAUGUCGGAGUUUGUUUUUAUGAAUUGCAGAUCCCAUUAACAAGAAGAUGGAUUUCUACUAUUUGCCGGAAUCUGCCCCAUGUCGUUCAAUUUUGAUGACCGCUAAGGCUCUUGGUCUCGAAUUAAAUCUAAAACCCACCAAUUUGAUGGCUGGUGAACAUCGCACUCCAGAGUUUUUAAAGAUCAAUCCACAACAUACCAUACCAACUUUGAACGAUCACGGCUUCAUCCUUUGGGAAUCUCGUGCCAUCUUAGUAUAUUUAGUUGAAAAAUACGGCAAAACAAGCUCCUUGUAUCCAACCGAUGUUCAAAGUCGUGCCAUCGUCAACCAGAGAUUGUACUUUGAUAUGGGAGUCCUCUAUCAACGAUUUGCUGAAUAUUUAUAUCCACAAGUCUUUGCCAAGGCUCCCGCUGAUCCUGAAAAGCUUAAGAGGUUGGAAGAAGGUGUUGGUUUCUUGAACACGUUCCUCGAAGAAAGCAAAUAUGCCGCUGGGGAUAGUCUCACAUUAGCUGAUCUUGCUCUGGUUGCUACCGUUUCUUCCAUUGAACCCCUUAAGGGAUUUGAUAUAACAAAAUAUGCAAACGUAGUUAGAUGGUACCAGUUGUGUAAAAAAACUAUUUUUGGUUAUGACCUUAAUGAAGCUGGUCUUGAGGUAUUUAAAUCCAGAUUCAUCAAAUAAAAUUCUGUAGACUUUACUGUAAAUAAUGCCUCAGUG